GAACAAAUAAUAACAAAAAAAAAACGGUGAAUUUUUAAUUACACAUUAAUAAAUAAAUUUGAAUUCGUGUUAAAAUUCUGUGCAAGACAGUGUGAGUGUGUGCGUUUUUGGAUACAAGAUGAAACGUCUUAAAAGUGUAGCUCGUAUUAGUUUCGAUUUACUAAUAUUCGCUGGCUUAUGCUUAUCGGAAGUGGCCUUGCGCAAAUGGUUUAAACCCUACAAACGCGGAUUCUUCUGCAACGAUGAAUCACUGCAGUAUCCCUAUCGAGAAAGUACCAUUGGUACGGUAUCUUUGGUGGCCAUUGUUUUGGCUGUGCCCUCUUCGGUUAUGGUGGUGGUGGAAUUAUUUAAGCAACUUUCUCCAUUGCCCAAUGAAAAAAGGAAAUCUCCUCAGCAUAACAACUCUAAGGCAGGCUGUCGCAUAGGCGAAAGAUUAAUGCACUGUUACACGCAAAUUGGUUAUUAUUUGUUUGGUUUGGCCUUGUGUUUGGUCUCCACCCAUAUUACCAAGUAUACAGUGGGCCGUUUAAGGCCUCACUUCUUUGCGGUGUGUCAACCUCAACUGCCGGAUGGUUCUACCUGUAAGGAUUCCUUCAACUUUGGCCGCUACAUAGAGGUGUACGAGUGUGUGGGACAAAAUCAUACGGCCGCUACUUUGGCCCAGCUGGGUCAAUCAUUUCCCAGUGGUCAUGCCAGCAUCUUCUUUUACAGCAUGGUCUAUUUGGCCAUUUAUUUGCAGGCUGCUUUGAGUACUCGAGCCUCAAAAUUACUGAAACAUUUGCUGCAAUUCAUAUUCAUCAUGUUUGCCUGGUAUGUGGCCUUGACACGCAUUUCCGACUACUGGCAUCAUUGGUCCGAUGUGGUGGCUGGCACUAUUUUGGGCUCUUUAAUAGCCUUUGUGGUGUCGGUGUUUGUGGCCAGAAUCUUUGUUAGAAAACCCCUUAGAGCCAAUGCCAAUAUAGCACCCAAACCACCAGCCAAACCUGCUGCUUCACCCACCAACUCUUCCGCCAAAUCCAAUAAUUCACCGCCCAUCUUGCCUGCUUACACCUUUGGUACCUUGCCCUAUUUGCCUCAUCCUCAUGCCGCCACAGCGGCCGCUGUAGCUGCAGCCGCUGCUGCCCAGCAACAGGCUCAAUAUGCCCAGACCUAUCACAAUUAUGGCUAUGUGCCUUAGACAUGCAAUCAACCACCCAGGCUUAAUGAUAAUGGUGAUGAUGAUGAUCGUGAUGAUGCUGUUGCUGCUAAUGCCGUUGAUGUGAUGUGAAAGUAGUCAAACGUGUGAGAGCCUUAACAAAAAAAAGAAAAAAUGUUGCAUGCACCAAAAACAUGUUAAAAAUUAAAAAUUUUUGCGUGCCUAUUUUUGGUUGUUUGUUUUGUUUUAUUGUAUUUUUUUUUAUUAUUUUUAUGAUUAUUUUUUAAGUUUUAAAUUAAUCUCGUAUCGAAAAACUUGUCUUCAGUUAGCUGUAUGUAGUUAGUUAGUGUGCAACCAAAUAUAGCCAAACAGCCACAAAUUGCUGUACGAAUGUACAGAAAAACAAAGUGUAAUUUUGUAAUUUUUAUGUGUAUUUUAAAUUUUUUGGAUUCUUUUUUUUUUUUUUUGGUUUAGUGCUGCCUGUGCCUGUCCACCUUCAAUAUAAAUUGUUUUUGCGUCUCUUUGGUUUAGUAGUCUGUAUAUAGAUUUGUAAGUUUUCGUUUUUUUUUUGCUUGUAAUAAAGUUUUACUUAUAUGUAGCGUAUGUAAGUUACAAAAUACA